UACAACUCAACUACCUCAUUUACAAUCUCAGUUUCAACCUUUUACUUUGGAGCAGUAGCACGGUUACAGAUUCGUCAGUGACUCUAUAUUUAAUCAGAUUAAGAUGACACCUGCAGCUGCGUGUCUAAUUGUGGCGGUCCUUGUCGUGGUUCUGUCUGUACAGGGAACAGUUAUGGGAGGACGCACGGCGAAAGAGUUUGACUCAAGAUGUAACAUGCCGAACAACAGAACACAGGACGAAAACCAAUGGCCGUUUGUGCUGAGUUUCCAGAGUCCCCUGAUUGACCCCCAGGGAAGGAACAUAACAGGCAGGCUGGGCCACGACACCCUCAAGUAUUCCAGAAUAUUAUUGCACGACAAAUGUGGUGCAACUUUUUACAUUAUGGUGAAAUCGGUUACCAUAAACCACCUAUGGCCUGCGGGUAUCACACCGACGUUUACCUGGGGCUGCUCGGUGCAGGAGACCACGGGCACGGCACUUCCUAAAUACGUGGAUGUUGACGUCAUUUUUAACAGUACGAUAGCGGACAUGACGAAGCAUCCCGGGUUGAGGAAGGAGUGGUAUACCGAGGGGGAGGGAACCGACCGCCGCAUCCUCAUUAUCAUCAACGUGCCGCACCUCGACACGAGCAACGACGUGAUUCUGGACUGGAUCUGUCAGGCUGAAGUAAACGGUGGCGUCCCGUUGAGCAUUGAUGGUGUACACAUCAUCGUUUAUCCAAUAGGAUGCCCCGCGGGUAAAUAUGGCGGUGAAUGUCAGCAGGACUGUGACUGUCCUCACAACGCCUCCUGUCAUACAUUCACCGGAGCCUGCAAAUGUCCGGCUGGCUGGGAGGGCGACUUCUGUGAAAAGAAAAUCCCACCAAUACCCGGUGGACCUAAAGUGGCGACCAUAGUCCUCAGUGUUCUCCUGAUACUGGUCGUGGUGGCCGGACUGACGUGGUGCUGGCAGAAGAGAAGUAGAAUGGGGAGGUACCAGGUUUUGGCAGACAUUUAGCUCUAAAGCAACGCGGGACUUAGAUGUUGUUUUGCCUCUUCUCUAGCUUUGCUUAAAACGCAAUCUACAAAAGGAAUAUCAUGUUACACAUUACGUACUGUACAAAGCCUACGACGAAGCAAAAGCAAAGCAAAAUACUUUAAUACACGUUUUUAAGCUGCAUUUUUUGUUGCAUUUGCUUGUAAAAAGAGUGGAAACAUGUGACCAUAUACGUUCAUUAGAGAGUACGUAAGUGUAUUUUAUUAUCAAUAUGUCGAUAGCCUAAAAGUGUAGAAAAAUGUCUGACAAUUGUUUACGUAAUCAUGAUGAUUUAACUGUAUGCAAAAAUCCAACAUGUAAAUUCAUUAGUGUAUUUCAUGAACAAUUAAAUUGUUUGUUUACACUAAAAAGACAAGUCAGUAUGUAGCAAGUAAGUAGCAGUAUGUAGGAAGGAAUUGGCGGGAGAACUAGGAAACCUGCUCGUUUCCCUUGAAAUACAGCCGA